AUGAAACGACGCAAAAGAGAUCGUAAGCGUAUACACAGUCGACGUAUUGUGAGUGUGGACAGGAUCAGUGAGCUUCCUGAGGCUUUAAUUCUGGAGAUAUUGUCUCUACUUCCUACAAAAGUUGCUGUAGCCACGAGUGUUUUGUCUAAGCAAUGGAAGUCUCUUUGGAAGAUGUUGCCUAAACUCGAAUUUCAUUCUUAUGAUCACAAAAGUGGACCUGGAGCAUUUUCAAAGAAUGUUAGCAAGGCUUUGCUUUCACAUAAGGCUCCGGUUCUACAGAGUUUGCAUCUCAAAAUUUAUUUACUUGGUUGGUGUACUACGAGUGAUACUGAGACAUUGAUUGGGGUUGUUUUGGCCCGCAAGUUGCGUAAGUUGGUACUCCAAGUUCUCUGGGAACCAAUCAGAAUAUCUAAUGGCUUGUAUAACUGUGAAACACUAGAGACCUUGGAACUCAAGUAUCAUGUUCUUUUAGAUGUCCCUUCCUCAGUCUGUCUGAAAUCCCUUACAACUCUGCACCUUCAUUAUGUGAACUUCAAAGACAAUGAUUCAUUGCUUAACCUUCUAUCUGGCUGCCCUAAUCUUGAAAACCUGGAUGUGCGUCAAAACUCAGUUAGCAGCACGAAACCAUUCACUAUUGCGGUUCCAUCUUUACAGAGACUGACAAUUUAUGCAUCAGGUAGAGUUGAUACGGAUGCCGGAUAUGUGAUAAAUGCUCCUUGUUUAAAAUUCUUGAAGAUUGAAGGGACUGAUCAAGUAUUUGGGUAUUUUCUGAUUGAGAACGUACCAGAGUUGGAGGAGGCAAUGAUCAGUGUAUCCUCUCAUUUAGUGAAUGACAACCUAUUGGGAUCUCUAACGUCUGUCAAACGUCUGAACUUAGAAUCCUCACCUUCGCAGAUUAAGUUUCCCACGGGUAGCAUCUUCUAUCAGCUGGUUUACUUGGAACUACUCACACACAACGAAGAGUGUUGGAAUCUACUUACCCUAAUGCUUGAUGGUUCUCCUAAUUUGCAAGUUCUCAAGAUUUUCAGUCAUCGAUAUUGGAAUAAUGAUGCUGUUGGGAAAUGGAAUCAGCCAGAGAAUGUUCCUGAAUGCUUGUUGUUUCACCUCGAGACAUUCUUCUGGAAAGGCUAUGAUUGGAGACAAGAAGCUUUGUUUGAAGUUGUGAGAUACAUCCUAAGUAACACAAAUUGUUUGAAGAUAGCAACUUUCUCCUCAAAACAACUUCGUUCUGAAGAGAGAGUUGAAAUGGUCAAGGAUUUGAAUAGUGUGGCUAGGGCUUCGAAUUCAUGCCAGCUUCUCGUUGAAUGA